AUGGUGGGCAAGAAGGAAGCGCCAAAAGUCAAGCCCAAAGCUCCCCCGCGCGGGGCAGCACGGCCGAAAGCUCCCGCUGCAGACGGCAGUGCGCAGGAGGCGGAUGCAGGCAGUGGAGGGCCAGUGGGCAGCGAUGGGGUCGCCGUAGCAGAGGCACAGCCGCCCGCAGACGUCGACCCCGCUGCGUCCGCGUCCGCCGAAGCAACGCGCAAACGCAAAGCGCCACCACGCCCCCAGCCCAAGGACGAAUUCGCCGCCCUCCUCGAGCCCUUCUACUACGGCAAGCGCCUCGACGAGCCCAUCAACACUGCCCGCGACAAGUGGAACCUGCUGCCGGCCUUCCUCAAGGUCAAGGGCCUGGUCAAGCAGCACGUCGACUCGUACAACCAUUUCGUCGACGUUGACCUCAAGAAGAUCAUCAAGGCCAACCGCUUCGUGCGCAGCGACUUCGACCCCAAAUUCCUCCUCGAGUACACCGACAUCCGCGUUCUGUCGCCGAACCGACAGGAAGAAGACGACCUCGACCACCACCGCAGUACCAUCACUCCGAACGAAUGUCGCCUGAGGGACAUGACAUAUGCCGCGCCAAUUGUGGUUGACAUUGUCUACACAAGAGGCAAUGCGAAGGUCAAGCGGACGGGCAUUAAAAUCGGCAGGAUGCCCAUCAUGCUGAAGAGCAACAAGUGCGUCUUGGCUGCAAAGAACGACCGCGAGAUGGCCGUUAUGGAGGAGUGCCCGCUGGAUCCUGGAGGUUACUUUAUCACGCGUGGGCAAGAGAAGGUCAUUUUGGUGCAGGAGCAGCUGAACAAGAACCGUGUCAUUGUCGAGAGCGCAAAGGGCAUCAUGCAGGCCAGCGUUACGAGUUCGACCCACGAGCGACGCACAAAGACCUAUGUCAUCCAGAAGAAGGGCCUCAUGUUUUUGAGGCACAACACUCUUUCCGAGGAAGUUCCAAUUGCGUUUGCGCUCAAGGCGUUGGGUGUGCACUCGGACAAGGAGAUUCUUCUCAUGGUUGCUGGAGACGACAGCGCUUACCAGGAUAGCUUCGCCAUCAACUUCGAGGCGUGUGCAAGAGAAAGCAUUCACACCCAGGAGAAGGCCCUGGAAUACAUCGGUCAUCGCGUACGAUUGACAAAGAAGCCAGCCGGAGCCUCCCGCAUACGCAACUACCACCUCGAGGCCAUUGAGUGCUUGUCGAAUGUCAUCCUUCCGCACGUCCCGGUUGUGGGCACCAAUUACCGACCAAAGGCCUUGUAUGUUGCUUUGAUGGCACGAAGGGUGCUCAUGGCCAUGCAAGACCCCAAGCUUGUGGAUGACCGCGAUUACGUCGGAAACAAGCGUCUCGAGUUGUCCGGGCAGAUGUUGUCCCUUCUCUUCGAAGACCAUUUCAAGCGCUUCAACCACGACUUCAAGCUCAGCAUCGACAAAGUUUUGAAGAAACAGAACCGCGCUCAAGAAUUCGACGCUUUCUCACACUUUAGCGUGCACAAAAACCACAUUACUAUGGGUAUUGAGCGCGCUAUUGCUACUGGAAACUGGAGUUUGAAGCGUUUCAAGAUGGAAAGGGCGGGUGUCACGCACGUUCUUAGUCGACUGAGUUACAUUGCUGCACUGGGUAUGAUGACGCGAAUCAGUUCGCAGUUCGAAAAGACAAGAAAGGUGUCCGGUCCUCGUGCAUUGCAGCCGAGUCAGUUUGGUAUGCUGUGCACAUCUGAUACUCCUGAAGGAGAAGCGUGUGGUCUCGUCAAGAAUCUAGCAUUGAUGACGCAUAUCACAACCGAAGAUGACGAAAACCCGGUACGCAAGAUCGUCUUCUUGUUAGGCGCAGAGGAUAUCUGUUCGCAGACUGGAGAAGAAAUUCACGCCGAAGGUGUCUACUCAGUGUGUCUGAACGGUACACCGAUCGCCGUCACAGACACGCCAAAACGAUUCCUGAACAGCUUCCGAAAGCUCAGGCGAAUGGGUCGCAUCUCGGAGUUUACCAGUAUUCACAUUGACCACGAUCAUUGCGAAGUUCACGUGGCAACAGACGAAGGCCGUAUUUGUCGACCGAUGAUCAUUGUAGAGAACGAGCGUUCUAAAGUUACAUCACGAUAUCUCAAGGCUCUACGGAAGGGAACUAUGGAAUUUGAAGACUUCCUGACAAGAGGUCUUGUGGAGUAUCUGGACACCAACGAGGAGAACGAUACCAACAUUGCAUUGACCGAAAACGAGAUCAACCAACACACAACACAUCUUGAGAUCGAACCGUUUACCAUCCUGGGUGCCGUCGCUGGUCUUAUUCCCUACCCGCACCACAACCAAUCGCCCCGUAAUACCUACCAAUGUGCCAUGGGAAAACAAGCCAUUGGCGCCAUCGCUUACAAUCAGUUCAACAGGAUAGAUACACUUCUCUACCUCAUGGUCUAUCCACAGGAGCCCAUGGUUAAGACCCGAACCAUUGAACUCACCAAGUAUGAUAAGCUUCCUGCUGGCCAGAAUGCCACAGUCGCAGUCAUGUCCUACUCAGGUUACGAUAUUGAGGACGCCCUCAUUCUCAACAAAGCUUCCUGCGACCGUGGCUUCGGUCGCUGCCAGGUUAUGAAGAAGCAUGUCACAGCCCUCAAGACCUAUGCUAACGGCACAUCUGACCGUAUUAACGCUGGCGCUCUGGAUCCGAACAAGUCAGAGCACCAGGCUAUCGGCGCUGACGGUAUUGCCCAAGUUGGUGCCCGCCUGGAAGCCGGCGAUGCAUACCUGCUCAAGAGUCUGCCCGCUGAUACCGCAGGCCCGGCCUCGAAUCAGUACAAAGACAAGCCUGAGCGAUACAAGCUGCCCGACUGCUCUUACAUCGACAAGGCGUGCAUCACCGAGAACGAAGCGGGAACCACCCUCAUCAAGCUGCUUUUUCGACAAACCCGACGACCUGAGCUGGGCGACAAAUUCUCUUCUCGCCACGGACAGAAGGGAACAACAGGUCUGAUCGUCCAGCAGGAAGACAUGCCCUUCAACGACUACGGCAUCUGCCCCGAUAUCAUCAUGAACCCCCACGGUUUCCCAUCCCGAAUGACAGUCGGCAAGAUGAUGGAACUGCUCUCUGGCAAGGCAGGUGUUCUGAACGGCACACUGGAGUACGGCACCGCAUUCGGCGGAUCGAAGGUCGAAGACAUGUCCGAGAUCCUCGUCAAGAACGGCUUCUCAUACACCGGCAAAGACUACCUCACGUCCGGCAUCACCGGCGAGGCGCACCAAUUCUACACCUUCUUUGGCCCAAUCUACUACCAGAAGCUCAAGCACAUGGUACAGGACAAAAUGCACUCCCGUGCCCGCGGCCCGCGUGCCAUUCUUACUCGUCAACCCACAGAGGGUCGUGCGAGGUCCGGUGGUCUGCGUCUGGGAGAAAUGGAGCGCGAUUGUCUGAUCGCGUACGGGGCGUCGCAAUUGCUACUCGAGCGCCUGAUGAUCAGCUCAGACGCGCACGAUGUCGACGUGUGCGAGAAGUGCGGUCAGAUGGGCUACUCAGGCUAUUGCAAGCUCUGCGAGAGCGAGAAGGCGGUGCGCCGCAUCACAAUGCCGUAUGCGGCGAAGCUGCUGAUCCAGGAGCUGGGCAGCAUGAAUGUCAAGGUGACGAUCGGUCUGGAAGACGAAUUUCCGAGGCAUCUGGAUUAG